AUGGCCAAUUCCUAUCACCGACCGGAUCAAAAGCGUAUCCAAGCGCUUAAAGAUGCAGCCAAUAAGCUGCGUAUUUUGAGCAUAAAAUGCACUAAUGCUAGCAAUUCAGGUCAUCCAACUUCAUGCUGCUCUGCUGCUGAAAUCAUGUCUGUCCUCUUUUUUAAUACCAUGAGAUACAAAGUCUCUUUUCCUAGAGAUCCAUCCAGUGACCGGUUCAUCAUGUCCAAGGGUCAUUGUGCUCCUAUCUUGUACGCUGCAUGGCAACUUGCAGGCCUUUUCUCAGAAUCUGAGUUAAUGAAUCUAAGAAAGAUUGACUCUGACUUGGAAGGACAUCCGACACCAAGAUUGAAUUUUAUCGAUGUGGCCACUGGAUCACUAGGACAAGGUUUGGGUGUUGCCUGUGGAAUGGCUUACAGUGGGAAAUAUUUCGAUAAUGCCAGUUACCGUGUAUACUGUCUUAUGGGAGAUGGUGAAACGGCUGAAGGUAGCAUUUGGGAAGCUGUUGCUUUUGCUAGUCAUUACAAACUCGACAAUUUAGUUGGUAUUGUGGAUGUAAACCGACUUGGACAGAGUGAACCGACUUCGCUACAGCAUAAUUUGGAAGCAUAUCGUAAACGUUUCGAUGGAUUCGGAUGGAAUGCAGUAAUUGUUGAUGGAAAUGAUAUUGAAGAACUUUGUCGUGCCAUGCAUGAAGCUAAUACCGUUAAGGGACGACCAACUUGCUUAAUAGCAAAAACUUUGAAAGGAAAAGGGAUACCUAAUAUUGAAGACGAGGAAAAUUGGCAUGGUAAAGCACUUGGUGCUAAAGCAGAUGAAGCUAUUGCCGCCAUUAGCUCAUUAAUAAGUGAUAGUCAAUUACCCCAACCACAGCCUGUCAUCGAUGACGCUCCAGGAGUUAACAUUAAUGAAAUAACAUUAUCUGAACCUCCCAAUUACAAACUGGGAGAUAAGGUUGCAACCCGUGUAGCUUAUGGUACUGCAUUGGCCAAACUCGGCAAGUCAAAUGAUAGAGUAAUUGCCUUGGAUGGUGAUACAAAGAAUUCAACGUUUGCUAUAACUUUUAAGAAAGCCCAUCCUGAAAGAUAUAUUGAAUGUUAUAUUGCUGAACAAAAUUUGGUUGGUGUUGCGGUGGGAUGUGCCACUCGUGAUCGCCAUGUUGCAUUUGUUAGUACGUUUGGUGCAUUUUUUUCCAGAGCUUUCGACCAGAUUCGCAUGGGCGCCAUUUCUCAAACUAAAGUUAAUUUCUGUGGCUCACAUGCUGGCAUUUCUAUCGGAGAGGAUGGACCUUCUCAAAUGGCUUUAGAAGAUUUAGCGAUGUUUCGUACGAUUCCUGGAGGGGUUGUUUUUUAUCCUAGUGAUGCUGUGUCUUGUGAAAGAGCAAUUGAGUUGGCUGCAAAUUACAACGGUAUUACGUUCACACGUUCAAGCCGCCCAGCGACUGCCGUACUUUAUGGAAAUGACGAAAUCUUCGAAAUAGGAAAGGCAAAGGUUGUAGUAAAGAGCGAUAACGACGCAGUGACGGUAGUUGGCGCAGGUGUUACACUUCAUGAAGCAAUUUCUGCUGCUAAUACUUUAAAGGGAGAAGGCAUUAAUAUCCGAGUAGUCGAUAUCUUCACUUUGAAGCCCAUUGAUGGCGAUACCAUCUUGUCAAGUGCCAAAGCAACAAACGGAAAAAUUAUAACUGUUGAGGAUCAUUAUUAUGAAGGUGGUCUUGGUGAAGCUGUAGCUGGUGUAGCUAGUGGUGAAAGAGAUAUUACUAUUCGUCGUUUAGCUGUCAAUGCAAUCCCACGUAGCGGCCCUGGUUCGGUGCUGAUGCAAAAGUUCGGAAUUGACUCAACUGCAAUUGUCAGAGCUGUUAAGGAAAUGAUUGCUUAAUUAUUUGGUGCCAUUAAGUGAUCAUCAUAAUACAAAAUACGAGAUAACAUUCUAAAUACGAAAAUAGUGUAGGCUAAGCUAUUGCUUCAUUUUUAACUUGUUUAGCAGCCGUCGUUAAAUGCGUUAAAGUAAAAAUUCAAUCAGUAGAAAACAAUUUAGUAUUAGUUCAUGUUAACUUGAUAUUAUUGGUUACCAGUUCUGAUUAUCUUAAAAUGUUGCGAAAAUACGCGACAUGAUCUCAUAAGACAUGUUUAAUGGUUGACAGUAAAGUGGUCAUUUGUUAU